AUGAUUAUCCCAUUCUGGUUCUUCACUUGCAGCAAAGCUGUGGGUAACAAAUGGGAGACUUACGUGGGGCUGCUGCAGGCGGAGUACACAGAGGGGGGUGAUGCACCCGAUGCGCUGGGCUUAAAGCUUUACUGCUGCAGGAGCAUGCUACUGUCUCACGUGGACCUGAUCGAAAAUCUCUUGAACUAA